AAGAAAUUAAGAAAAGAAAAGGAAAAAAGAAGGAAAGAGAGAGAGAGAGAGAGAGAGGAUAAUGCUGGCGAGGGAAUCGAGUUCGAACUUCGACCUUCCCGAGGAAGUGCUGCAAGUUCUGCCGCCCGAUCCUUUCGAGCAGCUCGAUGUGGCUCGCAAGAUCACCUCCCUCGCCCUCUCGAUACGUGUCUCCGCCCUCGAGUCCGACUGCGACGCCCUCCGCUCCCAGCUCGCCGACAAGGACCUCCUCAUCGCCGACCUCCGCUCCCAGCUCCACUCCCUCGACUCCUCCCUCUCCGACACCGCCGACAAGCUCGCCCUCGCCGAGCAACAAAAGGAGGAGUUGGUGAAGGAGAAGAACUACCUGUCCAACACUGUGAGGAAGCUCAACAGAGAUGUCUCCAAGCUGGAGGUGUUCAGGAAGACGCUGAUGCGUUCGCUGCAGGAGGAGGACGACACCGGAGCUGCUGCUUCCGAAGUGGUUGCUAAGCCGACGGAGCUAUCCGAUGAUAGCUUAUCUUCUGCACCUCCAGAGCAUGAUGCUACAUUACCACCGCCUUCGAGGACAUCUUCAAUCCAGAGCCAGGUCUCUGAAACCGGAAGCACAUAUACUGAUGAUCGUGACACAAAUGCCACGAGGGCUCCUCGCAUAUCUCCGGGGCUCCUGUUAGCGUCACAAACUAGCACACCGCGGCUUACUCCUCCUGGUUCUCCUCCUGUCUAUUCUGCAUCCACAUCCCCAACGAGGACUUCAAAGCCUGUGUCCCCAAGGCGGCAUUCCAUUUCAUUUGCUACCUCAAGAGGCAUGUUUGAUGAUAGAUCUUCAGCACCAUCAAGCCAUCACGGUUCAAUGUCAGGCUCUGAAUAUGGAAGGACUCGAGUGGAUGGGAAAGAAUUUUUCCGCCAAGUCAGGAGUCGUUUGUCUUAUGAGCAGUUUGGUGCAUUUCUGGCAAAUGUUAAAGAACUAAAUGCCCACAAGCAAACAAAAGAGGAGACUCUGCAUAAAGCUGAUGAGAUAUUUGGCCCAGAUAAUAAGGAUCUAUAUGCCAUAUUUGAAGGAUUGAUCAGUCGCAAUAUCCAUUGAAUUUUCUUGGCAAUUGAAGUCUGUAAGCUGUCAGUUUCACCAUUUCCAUCUGUUUUUGAUGUAUAUUAAUCACAAGUCUCUACAAAAACCAAUUCUUUGAACUCCUUUAACCGUAUGAUCAAGUAGUAACUUUGCGAGAAUGAUGGCAAAUGACUUGUUCUAACUUCUUAAGGCUUGUGAAUGGAGGCUAG